GCACUGGCGAGAUUCUGCCAUUUUUUAAUGGUUCAAUUACAAAUAGAGUAAAUUAUAGGGAUGUUAUCCAAAUUCCACAGGAAAAUGCCUUUAUAAUGGCCUCAUCAGCUAUGGUAACAGCAAAUCAACUCAUAAUAAUGGAAGAACUGAAGCUCUUCAGAACUUGGUCAAGUCCCUUUGCUUUAAGGGUCGUUUGGGCACUAGACUUGAAGGGCAUUCAAUAUGAUACCAUAUUUGAAGAUAUCUCUAACAAGAGCUCUUUACUUCUUCAGUAUAAUCCUAUCUACAAGAAGGUACCAGUGCUUGUUCACAAUGGAAAACCAUUACUGGAGUCACUUGUAAUUCUUGAAUACAUCGACGAGACAUGGAAGCAGACUCCAUUACUGCCUGAAGAUCCUUCUGAACGAGCCACGGCACGCUUUUGGGCCAAAUUUGGAGAUGAUAAGGUUUUGCCAUCAAUAUGGAAUGUUUUUAUCAAGCAAGGGAAGGAUCAAGAGGAAGCUAUCGUUACAGCCCAGGAGAACUUGGGAUUUGUAGAAAGACAGCUUACUGGAAAAAAAUUCUUCAAUGGAGAGACAAUUGGACUUGUAGACCUUGCUUUUGGUUGGCUUGCUAAUUUGCUAAGUGUGUUGGAGGAGGUAUGUGGUGCGACCUUGAUAGAUCAUGAAAAAUUUCCCUUGUUAUUAGAAUGGAUCCAGAAUUUCGCAUAUGCUCCAAUAAUUAAAGAAAGCUGGCCCCCUCGAGACAAACUGAUCACCAAAUACCAAGCUCAUCAUGAAGUUUACACUUCAAAAGAGGCACCAAAAUGAAUGUGAUUUAUAAUUUCAAGGCCUUGUCUCGAAGUUCAAUGUGAAAAGAUUUCGUAUUUGUUUUGAGUCUUUGGAUAAGCACAGUGCUUAUCCUUAUCAAUUAGGAAGUCUUUGAAUAAGAGUUGAUAAGCAUAGUGCUUAUCCUUGAGUAUUGCUUAGGUUGCUUGGUUCUUUUUUUCAGUAGUCUGUAAGUCUCUAAAUGAGUGAAUGCUUUGCAAAAUAAUAUCACUGAGAGAAUUAUAAUGGACGUUAGUCUUUUGA